AUGACUUCAGUCAAGGACAGCUUCCUGGACCUAGAGCGACACCGGAAAUUGCUAGAGCAAAACGUCGAGAAGCUCAGGCAAUCCCUGCAGCAGUGGCAGCUCUGGAACCUAGAGUAUGAAGCUCUGAAAGAGGAGGUGUCGUCGCUCCCAAAGCCUGUGGAGCGUGCAGACCUCGCAAGAAUACGCAGGGACUUUGAUGGCCAGGUGGUUACCAAGAAGGAAGUCGACGAGAUCUUUGGUCGGGUCGAUGUGAAGCCUGCUGAGCAGAUCGUCAAUGUCCUGUCAAGGCGGAUCGACUAUUCUACGAAAAAUGUGGAAACGCUCGAGAAGCAGCUCGAGGCGGCCGAGAACAAACUCGCCGCCGCGACUGUGCUUACGCAACCCGACUACACACACGAAGAUGGCGAGCAGGUCAUGGACAUUGUGGAGCAGCUGGACGACGACGAUAAUGUCGUCUCCUACCGUGUGCAGACCCCGGGCGACAUACAACCGCAGAUAUUGGAGGCUCUGAAAAAGGCUGGCAUCAAGGACUUGCCGGAUCUCAACAAGGAGCCGGGGUCGGAACGUGCGUCUGAUGAAAAUGAAGAGGAUCGAGUUAAGGAAGACGACACGGCUCAACAGACUGCACCCACCUCUCGAGAGGACGCAAGAGAGGACACCUCUGAACCAAGCCAAGUUUCUUCACCAAGAAAGAAGAAAGGUGUCUCAUUUGCAGAAGAUACCAAAUUGGGCCACGAUGAUGAUGAGAACAACGGUACACCGCCUCAAUCACGAGCAGCCCAGCGACUGACACAGAUCAUGCGGACCGCAAAGGAGCAAGAAGAUCAGAAGUCAUCCUCUGCCAUUAUCCCCGAGGGCGAAUCGGCAGAGGACGCUGCUCUGCGCCAGGAAAUGCUUGAGUACAGCAUGUCCGAGAUUGGUCCCGUCGUGGCCGAGCUUUCCCUGGAAGACGGCACCGACGACGAGGAUGAUGAUAUAGACUUCGACUAUACCGACGAAGAAGAGGAUGAAGACGCUUAUGGAAGAUCCAAUUUCCAUGUGGAUGCCGACUAUCGCGAGCGGAUGUUAGAGUUGCAGGAGAAGUUGGGUGUCAAGUCAACAUUCACGCGGGGUAGCGUGCCUGACGAAGGUGUUGGACGGAUCUCUAUUGUGUCUCCUGAUGCAGCAAAAGAGCCUGAAAUCCAGCAGUCUAGCCUUAAACCUGAAGGCAAGACACCUGAUACGACCGAGAAGAAAUCGGUUCAGUUUGCACAGAGCCUUGACAUCGCCCCCAAUGGUAUAGCAACUCUGCCAGAACGACCAAAACGUCAACAGACAGAGCCGGUUAAACCGUUAGUUGAACCCUUGAGCGACAUUGUUGAGCGGACCAAGCCAGCUGCAGCACCCACGCAAAAUACUUCAAGGAAACCCUCGAGGUUCAAGUCAAGCCGAACUGACAACAAAGAUACCAGCGUAUCGACCCAGGAAGGAACGACAUCAACCCCCAAGGGCCCAGAGGAGGCACCCGUGCGAUUUCUGGACCAGGACAUCGACCAGAGGAUUGCACCGUCCGGACCGGAGGGCCAAACCAUCGCGGAUUCUGUCCUGGAGAGAGAGACAACGAAGCCAAGAGAACCAGACGAGAUGGAUGCCGCUCUGCUCCACCAGGAGGCAGCUGUUGAGUACCAUCGGAAAAGGAACCGCCUCAUUCAUAGCCAAGGAGGCUUCAUGAAAGAGGACAAGUCACCAACUGUUCCUGUGGAAGAGGACGAAGAGCCAAAGCGGGUGAGCAGGUUCAAGGCCGCUCGUCUGUCCAAGCAGUAG